AUGGUGUCAUCGAUGGCCAUCAGCGGCUCUAUCGGCGCCGACCGCCGCAUGUCUUCGGCCACCACAUCGACCACCACAUCGACCACCACUUCGACCACCACUUCCUCAUCGUUGGUGUCGUUGGCGGACACUGUGCUCACCAAAGCCUAUGAGUCCCGUAAUCCCGAUUCGGAACUGAUGAGACUCUGCGACACGUAUUACACGUCCAAUAAGGAGACCAAAGACCGGUUCCUAUACUUCAUCGCCGAUGAUCUGGCCGUCAGUUCCACUCAAGCCGUCAAUGUUGUCCAUAACUUCCUGUCCACUAAAACCGCCGAUGACUCGGAGGACUUUGUGAUGUCUGUCGACAAACUUCGCUCACAAUUGCGUCCAAAGUAU